UGGAUAUCUUUGUUUAACCCUUUCGGUACGGUUGCCGGAUAUACCCGACAGGAAGCAAUAUGGCCCUGCGGCCUGGUGACGGAUAUAUCUGUUCAAGGUUAUUUUGUUUAAUGACACUUGUGCCGUUUAUUUCCGACUCUUUUGAAAACUUACAUUCACCGAGAGACUGCCGACGACUUCAUCCGACGUAUAACGCAUUGUGGAUGGCCUGCUGUCGGAAUAACCCGUCAAUGUCGGAAAUAUCCGACGGCAGUCGAGCAUGGUAGCAUGCCAUGUACCGUAAGCUUCAGAAGCGUCAGUUCGUUCGAUCAUGUCAAACGAGGAGGCCAGUUCGUCUCAGGGCACUAAGCGGCCGAAAAGGCGUAAAGUAGAUUGUAGCGGAUAUUGUGGUUUAACUGAGGAGCAAGUCAAUAGUAUUUUAAGUCUGGUAGAUGAAGAUAUUUACUUGUCUGACGUUAGUGAAGAAGACCCCUUUCUCGAUAGCGGAAGCGAAUAUUGUCCAUCUUCUGAGGACUCUGAGAGCGAUCUGGAUGAAUUGGAACCGGGAAAUGAACAAGAAAAUCAGCAGGAAGAGGUAGGAAACGUUGAAGAUAAUAUUACUCACCAAACAGUUCUGGAAAUAAUUUGGACAAAAAAUGAGUUUCUACCGAAAAUACACGAAUUUGACACGACCAAUAGCGGUGAAUAUUGGUCCCAAAACCACUUACUGCUUUCACCUGCAUUUAGCAAACAUAUGUCAAGGGACAGGUAUUUUCAAUUACAAAGAUAUUUGCAUUUCUCCAAUAAUGAAAUCGCUCCACCUGGUAAUAGAUUGUUCAAAGUUGAGAACGUGCUAAAUAUAUUGAAAGAAAAUUUCCAGUCUCAAUUCUAUCCAUUUCAAAAUUUGGUUAUAGAUGAGAGUAUGAUUCUUUUUAAAGGAAGACUCAGUUUUAAACAGUAUAUCAAGACCAAGAAACAUCGUUUUGGAAUUAAACUCUACGUGUUGUGCGAUUGCGAAACAGGAAUUGUCUUAGACUUUAUAAUAUAUUGUGGAAAAGACACUAAUAUAAAAGCAGAAGACAAGAAUAAUCUUGGUACUACAGGGGCCGUUGUUGCAAAACUUUUAGAGCCAUACCUCAACAAGGGACAUUCUCUUUAUACGGAUAAUUUUUACACCAGCCCUACACUUUCAACUUUUUUGUUACAACAUAAAACAAACUCCUGUGGAACUGUAAGGCAAAAUAGGAAACAUAUGCCAGUAUUUGAUAAAAAAUUAAAACAAGGAGAUACUGACUGGAGAAGUAGUGAAAAUUUAUUGGCAAUAAAAUGGAUAGAUCGGCGGGAUGUUGUGAUGCUGACCAGUAUGCAUGAAAAUAGAAUGGUUACUUUGCCGAAAAUAAAUCGAUCUACAUAUGAAAAUGUAAUAAAGCCGUUAUGUGUUCUGGAAUACAACCGUCAAAUGGGGGCUGUCGACAGAUCAGAUAUGAUGCUGAGUAGCGUAGAUUGCACUCGGUAUAAGAAGUUAUUUUUCCAUUCUAUUGACAUAACAUUGCUAAACGCAAAUGCAAUGUUUUCCACAAGACAUACUAAGAAGACUUCAUUCGCCAAUUUUCAUCUAGCGGUUAUUGCUCAACUUAUAGAAAGGUAUGGCAUAGUAAAAUCUAUACAUUGCGAUUUGGGCAAUGCCAGGCUUCAGAAUAGACACUUUCCGGUGUCAGUUCCACGAAAACCAGGCAGUACUAAGGUUGGAUCCAGAAGAUGUUGGGUUUGUUCCCAUACAAAGCAGAAGCAAGCAAAAAGAAAAGAGUCCAGCUAUAUGUGCCCAGAAUGUGACGUUGGAUUAUGCGUGGUCCCUUGCUUCAAAUUAUAUCACACAGAGGCUACUUUUUAA